UGCACUGUGCCGACCUCCCCUAUUCUUCGCUAAUUUGGCCACGUCUCCAGCUCCGCCGUUUGCACGUGUUCCGAGUCUGGUGCUUACCAGCAUCGUUUUCCUUGCCUGUUGUCACUGUUCCUGUUCUGUGGUCACUGUCGCCUCGAUCCUCCUGUCCCCGCACGCGCGGACAUCGUUGCGCGCACAACGAUGGCAGACCGUCCUCCAGAAAGCGACACCCCAGUGAAGAGGAAGCGAACGGCAAUACCGUUGGAAGUUAAGCGUAGCAUUGUGAGAGAGCACAACGCCGGCGAGAAAGUGAGCAGCUUGGUGCGCAAGUACGGCCUGUCGCAGCCGACUGUAUCCUGCAUCAUUCGCAAUGCACUCAAGCAAGCCGAAAGUGACAGCCAUGCCAGUGCUAGCGGUGCUAGCCAUGCUAUGGAUGACGGCCAGAAAAGGGUUAGGCACGGGGCGUACAAAGACGUGGAAGAUGCACUGUACCAGUGGUUCCUUAGCGCUCGCGCUAUGAAUUUGCCAGUCAGUGGUCCCAUUUUGGCGGAGAAGGCGAAGAGGUUCGCGUACCUCCUUCGCAACACUGAUUUCCAGCCUGGGGGUGGCUGGCUUCAACGUUUUAAGGAGAGGCAUGGCAUUGUGUACAAGGCAGUCGUCGGAGAGGCAGGCUCGCUGGAUGUAAAUGCUAGGCAGAAGUGGUUGGAGGAAGCACUGCCCUGCAUCCGCGAAGCCUACGCGGACCGAGACUUGUACAAUGGUGACGAAACAGGGCUCUUUUUUCAGAUGCUACCCUCAAAGACGCACGCGCUGAAAGGCGAUGCCUGUAAGGGCGGCAAACAGAGCAAAGUGCGAGUGACAGUUUGUUUUUGUGCUAACAUGGACGGCAGCGACAAGUGUCCCGCCUUUGUGAUAGGCAAGUCGAGGAAUCCUCGCUGUUUUCGUGGUGCCGCGAGGAUACCUGUUCGCUACCGCCACAACAGGAAAGCGUGGAUGACCCGCGAACUUUUCCGUGAGUGGCUGGUAGAGUUCGACGAGAGGAUGCAGCGCGAAGGCAGGAAAGUGGCGCUGGUGCUCGACAACUGCACCGCCCAUCAUACCGCCCAGAAGCUGUCGAACGUGGAGAUUUUUUUCCUCCCUCCCAACACCACUGCGGGCUUGCAACCCAUGGACGCAGGAGUGAUUGCUUGCUUCAAGGCGCUGUAUCGGCGUCGUGUUUUGAGCAGGCUGGCGCUGAACCUGGACAUCUCCAUACGUGAACACCGACCUGCGCCGGACUUCAAGGUUUCGCUCCUGAUGGCCGUGCAGUUCACUUUUGCGGCAUGGGCAGAAGUCGGCUCCUCCACCAUCGCGAAUUGCUUCUGUAAGGCGGGCUUUGCUGGGGAUUCCAGUGAGGCGGAAGUAGAAGGCCGUGACGCUCCUGCCGACGCAGAAAUGACCGAACUUUGGUCGUCGGUGAACGGUGGUGAUGGAGACGCGUCGGGACUUGAGGAGUUUUUGCACGCCGACGACGCACUAGCAACAAAUGAGGACCUCACCGAUGAGGCGAUCGUCGCUGCGGUCACCGGCGCGGAAGACGGCAGCAGUGACGACGAGGAGGAACCGGAACCCGUGCAGGUUGUGUCGCAUCAGGAAGCGUUGCAAAUGAUCGACUCCCCGCACAAUUUUGUGUUUGCUAAAAACCUUCCGCUCGGCCACGCGCAGCAGUUGGACGGUUUGCAAAAAGAUGUCACUAAGACGGCCAGUAAGCAGUCGAAGCUGACUGCUUAUGGUUUUCUACCUGCUAAAAAGUGA